GGAGCGUCGCUUGAUUUUCUCUGAGAUACGCCCACCCGUCCAGCAAAAUAGAGUCCCUCAGGGUGACGGUUGACUUCCUGAAGGUGCCUCUUGGCCUGAAGAAGCCGGUGCUGAAGGAGGUGGCUGUGGGGCCCCCCAAGAGGCCCCAGCCUGCGGCCCUGGAGCGCUACAAGGCGCGGCGUUCAGACGCCAUGGACACCGAGUCCCAGUACUCGGGCUAUUCUUACAAGUCGGGUCACUCCCGCAGUUCCCGCAAGCACAGGGACCGCCGCGACCGACACCGCUCUAAGAGCCGAGAUGGGAGCCGUGGGGACAAGUCAGUGACAAUCCAGGCUCCAGGGGAACCCCUGCUGGACAACGAGUCCACGCGAGGGGAUGAGCGGGAUGACAACUGGGGUGAGACAACAACAGUCGUGACGGGCACAUCUGAGCACAGCAUCUCCCACGAUGACCUCACGCGCAUCGCCAAGGACAUGGAGGACAGUGUCCCGCUGGACUGCUCCCGGCACCUGGGAGUGGCGGCGGGGGCCACUCUGGCACUGCUGUCUUUCCUUACGCCGCUGGCGUUCCUGCUGCUGCCCCCACUGCUGUGGCGGGAGGAGCUGGAGCCGUGCGGGACGGCCUGUGAGGGCCUCUUCAUCUCCGUGGCCUUCAAGCUGCUCAUCCUGCUGCUGGGCAGCUGGGCCCUGUUCUUCCGCCGGCCCAAGGCCUCGCUGCCCCGCGUCUUCGUGCUGCGUGCCCUGCUCAUGGUGCUCGUCUUUCUGCUCGUUGUCUCCUACUGGCUGUUCUACGGCGUGCGCAUCCUGGACGCCCGGGAGCGCAGCUACCAGGGCGUGGUGCAGUUUGCCGUGUCGCUGGUGGAUGCCCUGCUCUUCGUGCACUACCUGGCUGUGGUCCUGCUCGAGCUGCGCCAGCUCCAGCCUCAGUUCACGCUCAAGGUUGUGCGCUCCACGGAUGGGGCCAGCCGCUUCUACAACGUCGGCCACCUCAGCAUCCAGCGCGUGGCAGUGUGGAUCCUGGAGAAGUAUUACCAUGACUUCCCUGUCUACAACCCUGCCCUUCUCAACCUGCCCAAGUCCGUCCUGGCCAAGAAAGUGUCUGGCUUCAAGGUGUACUCCCUCGGAGAGGAAAACAGCACCAACAACUCCACGGGUCAGUCUCGGGCUGUGAUUGCAGCGGCAGCCCGGAGGCGGGACAACAGUCACAAUGAGUACUACUAUGAGGAGGCUGAGCAUGAGCGGAGGGUGCGCAAGCGCAGGGCCAGGCUUGUGGUGGCGGUGGAGGAGGCCUUCACGCACAUUAAGCGGCUGCAGGAAGAGGAGCAGAAGAACCCCAGGGAGGUGAUGGACCCCCGGGAGGCAGCGCAGGCCAUCUUCGCAUCCAUGGCCCGUGCCAUGCAGAAGUACCUCCGGACCACCAAGCAGCAGCCUUACCACACCAUGGAGAGCAUCCUGCAGCACCUCGAGUUCUGCAUCACGCAUGACAUGACGCCCAAGGCCUUUCUGGAGCGGUACCUGGCGGCCGGACCCACCAUCCAGUACCACAAGGAGCGCUGGCUGGCCAAACAGUGGACACUGGUAAGCGAGGAGCCAGUGACCAAUGGGCUCAAAGAUGGCAUCGUCUUCCUUUUAAAGCGCCAGGACUUCAGCCUGGUGGUCAGCACCAAGAAGGUUCCCUUCUUCAAACUCUCCGAGGAAUUUGUGGAUCCCAAGUCGCACAAGUUUGUCAUGAGGCUGCAGUCUGAGACCUCCGUGUGACUCUGCAGUGGGAGGGGAAGUGGGAGACUCUGAGAGGCCCCUGAGGUUGGCGGGAGGGCCUUGUUCUCAGGCCUGGCCACAUUCCCGCGGCCUUUCUUCCUCUUGCUCUUGUUUUUUUACUUGAAUUAACUUACCCCCGCCCUGUUCCUUGCUUUACCCUACGUGAUCCCUGAGAGACCAUCCUGCUGCCAACAGUACCUGGGAAG